AUGAGGUUGGUCGCGCUUUUCCCGCUUUCUGGCUGGCUAACUUGGUGUAAGAUUGAGUACAUGGUUAUCCUGCUCGACGAGCAGUCUCAAUCUGCUAAACUCAGUUUAAGACAAUCUGAGAUUUUGGAGAACCUUAACAAUGUUACCCAACACAUCGCAGACGACUCGUCCUCCUCCUUCGUUAAAUCUCAAGUCCCCGGUUUUCACCCCGAAUUCGGCCGUUACAUGAUUGAGUCCACCCCCGGUGUUCCUUACUCGGCCGGUUUAAAGGAGCUUCUCACCGUAGAAGUUAAUAUGCGUCUUCGGAGGAAUAUCACUAAGCAUCAUUUGCCACCGAACCACCUUCCACUCACUCUAACCUCUUUCCCCACUCUCGGCGUCAAUUACCCCUUCCUGGAUCCUCAUUAUCCUCCUAAAGGCAAAGUCUCCGGCUCCCUCUUUCUCCCCGAUGAGCUCAUCAACCCUCACGUCCGUUUUCCAACUCUAGCUGGUAAUAUUAGAAAGAGAAGAGGCGCUAAAGUUGAAAUCAAUGUUCCUAUCUUCUUUGACACAAACACUCCACGCCCUUUUAUCGAUAAAUCUAUUCCAUACGACAGAAACCUCUUCGAAGGUGAUAACGAGGCUAAAAACGGCGCUGCAAAGCCUGAUCACAUAUACAUGGAUGCAACCGGCUUUGGUAUGGGCUGCUCUUGUCUCCAACUCACUUUCCAGGCUUGUAGCGUCAAUGAGGCUUUCAACGUCUACGACGCUCUCGCUCCUGUUGCUCCAAUCAUGCUUGCUCUCACCGCCGCUGCUCCUGUCUACCGCGGUUACCUAGCCGAUGUUGACGCUCGCUGGAAUGUCAUCUCAGCCGCUGUCGACGAUCGCACCAAGGAGGAAAGAGGCGAGGAGCCACUGAAACACGACAAAUAUAGAAUUCCAAAGAGUCGAUACGAUAGUAUAGAUUCUUAUUUAUCCACCUCUAAACGCAAUAGACCUGAGUAUAACGACAAUCCAUUGCCUAUGAAUAAAGAUGUCUAUGAUGAGCUUAUAGCUGCUGGUAUAGAGACACCACUCGCUAAACAUAUUGCACAUCUCUUUAUACGUGAUCCACUUGCUAUCUUUAGUGAACUUCUUCAGCAGGACAACUCAAAGUCUUCCGACCAUUUCGAAAACCUACAAUCGACUAAUUGGCAGACACUGCGUUUUAAACCUCCACCUCCGCAGUCAAAUAUUGGAUGGAGGGUUGAGUUUAGAUCUAUGGAAGUUCAGCUCACCGAUUUUGAGAACGCUGCCUUCUCAGUUUUCAUAGUACUCCUCACUCGAGCUAUUCUCUCAUUCGAUCUCAACUUUUACAUGCCUAUCUCAAAAGUGGAUGUUAAUAUGCAGAGGGCACAGGAAAGAGAUGCUGCCAAAACUGGUAAAUUCUACUUCCGCAAGAAUGUCUUCCCUAAGCGUGACAAGACGGAGUAUAGUUUCGACAGUCCGAGAUUAGGGCCUAUCAAGUCGUUCGAUAAUGUAAAAGGGUUGAAAGAGGAGGAGUCGCAUUUGAACGGGAAGAGAACAGCUUCUUCAGACAGCCUCUAUUCAAAUUACAACUCCUCCAUCAACCCCGAUGAGGAGAUAGAGGAGAUGUCAAUGGACGACAUUAUAAAUGGGAAAGAAGACUCAUCAUUCCCUGGUCUGAUGGGCUUGGUGUAUGCUUAUCUCCACUCACUGAAUGUGGAUAUCGAGACAAAGUGCGAACUGAAGAAGUAUCUCCAAUUCAUCAAGGAUAGAGCAUCAGGAAAGUAUGUCACCUUCGCGACGUGGAUACGCAACUUUAUGAGAUCGCAUCCAGACUACAAGGGUGAUAGUGUCGUCACUGCAAAGAUGAAUUACGAUUUCAUCAUUGCUGCUGACGAAAUAGAGAGAGGGGUGCGUCACGAACCAACACUCCUACCACCGACGUACAUUGGCAGUGACAAAGUGAAGGAGCCAUCAGUGAGCGACCUCUGCAACUCAGUCUCGAACGACCCCGAACCACCAAAAAGACCAACUCCAACUGAUGGUUUGGCUAGAUUGAAGGGAAGCAAUUAUUAUACCGUUUAA